AUGCCUACCAAAUGUGCAGUCUCAGAUGCCUUACCGAUAAAACGAUCUCAGUGGCGCAAGUCAGCGAUCGGUGAGUCGCAUGCUUUACGAUUCCUCUACCUACUGGACAAUACAACUUACAGGACAGUGAACAAGGACCCCACAACCUCGUCCCUCUUCACCAAUGUCCCCAUCAAGAAAAGUAUCGAAAUCAUCCAGGAUAAAGUCCCUGAAAACCUAGUUCCUCUAAUCCAGCACUGCCUCAACACCAAUUAUUUCAUCUUCCAAGGUACAUACUAUGAACAAGUGUCCGGAGCAGCAAUGGGAUCCCCCAUCUCUCCCGUAGUCGCUGACAUCUACAUGGAGUACUUAGAGAAUUACAUUCUCAAUAACGCGCCACUAAAACCAUCUCAGUGGUUCAGAGCAACCUGCAUUAGCGAACAAGAGAACCUGGCCAAUGAACUGGAACACAUCAGGUCUACACUACAACAAAACGGUUACUCCAAACACAAAAUUAAUCGCACCAUAGACCGACUGACCAACCACACAACAAAACCGACACACAACCACACGACAGACACACACGACAAAGAACACGCCACUACCUUCCUGCCAUACAUUCAAGGUACGACCGACCGCAUAGGCAGAAUCCUCAGGAAACACAACAUUAGGACUGUUUUCACGACCCAUACCAAAAUAGGACAACUCCUCACCUCCCCCAAGGACCCACAGCCGCAGCUAUCUACACCAGGGAAGCCACCCUGUCCGAAAACACUCUGUGUCAUGCACAUAUUGCGCGAAGAAGGACACGAAGAGUCUCAAUGCUGGACCAAGCAACGGGCUAUCCGCAAUAGGGAAGGCCACAGGAAACCAGCUGUGAACGCUUGCCUUUCUAACACUUGUAGCUUGACGCCCGUCGUUAUUCGUGACGUAACGCUUCGGUGUCUGUUAGAUAGCGGAGCCGAAUGCUCCCUAAUACGGGAAGACACCGCCCAACACAUUGGCUGCAGGGUAGUGCCACUAUCAGGAGCGGUCCAAGGAUUAGGGGGUCAACGGGUGAAAACGAUAGGCCGUAUCAUUGAAACGCUCCGAUUUCAAGAUACUGCUGUUGAAUUGGAGUUGCUGGUGGUACCAGAUUUCCAGGUCGCACCGGAGGUAAUCAUCGGGAAGAACGUGCUGAAAAGGAAGGACUUAAAGAUGGUGACCGAUGCUACUGGCUCAAGACUGGAGUGUGGAGCAAACCUGCAUGAACCGGUCGAACCUUCGAGCUUGUCGCAGUGUCUCCAACUCACCAGAGUCGAGGAUGAUGUGCGAGGACCGCUGAAAUCUUUGCUUGAAAAAUACCAGGAGAUGAUGAUAACUGGUAAUCCCGAGCGUCAGGUAACGACUGGAGAAAUGACAAUUACGACGCAGGAAAACAAGCGGACCAUUAAUACUGCUCUAGGCAACCUCCGCAACAACAUAGCUUUGGUUUAUGUAGAUGACAUACUUAUUCCGUCACAGACGAUCGAAGAGGGAUUGGAAAGACUAGAUCAAGUGUUGAACGCUCUAACAAAAGCUGGAUUUUCACUCAAUAUAAAAAAAUGUAAAUUUUUCCAAACUACCGUCGAGUAUUUGGGUCGCGAGGUAUCUGCCGCGGGAAUUCGGCCCAGCAAAGAGAAAAUAAAAGCUUUGCUCGAGUCUCCGGUGCCUACGAGUGUAAAGCAAGUAAGGCAAUUCAUGGGAUUGGCUAGUUACUUCCGUAAGUUUAUACCAUCAUUUUCAGUUCGUACAGCCCCCAUCACAAAAUUAACAAAAAGUAAUACAACCUGGGAAUGGGGCAAAGAACAAGAGGACGCUAGACAGUAUAUUGUCGAAAAACUGAUUAGCAACCCAUUGUUAGUUAUUUUCGAUCCGGAAAGAGAAACCGAACUGCACACCGAUUGUCUCCAACUCACCAGAGUCGAGGAUGAUGUGCGAGGACCGCUGAAAUCUUUGCUUGAAAAAUACCAGGAGAUGAUGAUAACUGGUAAUCCCGAGCGUCAGGUAACGACUGGAGAAAUGACAAUUACGACGCAGGAAAACAAGGUAAUCAGUUAUAAUCCAUACCGAUUGGCGUAUACUGAACGUGAAAGAGUUCGCGCCCUAGUCGAUACUUUAUUAAAAGACAAUAUAAUUAGAGAAAGUACAUCUCCGUUUGCCAGUCCCGCAAUCCUCAUAAAAAAGAAAGACGGAUCGAAUAGAUUGUGUGUAGACUUCCGAGAGUUAAAUAAAAUUACUAUCCGCGACCGGUAUCCACUUCCUCUAAUCGAUGACCAACUCGAUCGUCUGGGAAAAGGGAAGUAUUUUACCACUCUAGACAUGCUGUCCGGAUUUCAUCAAAUUCCGAUAGCUCCCGACUCAAUUUGUAAAACUGCUUUCGUAACACCCGAUGGGCAUUAUGAGUAUCUACGUAUGCCCUUCGGUUUAACGAAUGCGCCGGCUGUUUUUCAGCGGACCAUUAAUACUGCUCUAGGCAACCUCCGCAACAACAUAGCUUUGGUUUAUGUAGACGACAUACUUAUUCCGUCACAGACGAUCGAGGGGGGACUGGACACACUAGAUCAAGUGUUGAACGCCCUAACAAAAGCUGGAUUUUCACUCAAUAUAAAAAAAAUAAAAUUUUUCCAAACUACCGUCGAGUAUUUGGGUCGCGAGGUAUCUGCCGCGGGAAUUCGGCCCAGCAAAGAGAAAAUAAAAGCUUUGCUCGAGUCUCCGGUGCCUACGAGUGUAAAGCAAGUAAGGCAAUUCAUGGGAUUGGCUAGUUACUUCCGUAAAUUUAUACCAUCAUUUUCAGUUCUUCGUACAGCCCCCAUCACAAAAUUAACAAAAAGUAAUACAACCUGGGAAUGGGGCAAAAAACAAGAGGACGCUAGACAGUAUAUUGUCGAAAAACUGAUUAGCAACCCAUUGUUAGUUAUUUUCAAUCCGGAAAGAGAAACCGAACUACACACCGAUGCAAGUGCUAUCGGCUACGGCGGAAUCCUAUUUCCAAAUUUAAAAUAG